AUGGGUCGGACAGCCUUAACGAAAGCCAACAAAGAGACAAUCAUAUCGUACCUCCUUGAGCAAGGCGCUGACCCUAAUCUGAGAGGUUUAGAUCCUACCGCCGCAGACUCUCCUAUCCAUGAAGCCUGCGGCUACUCAUCUUUCGAAAUCGCAAAGCAACUACUUGAUUUCGGGGCCGAUAUAGAAACAAUGGCAGUAUCAGGGUACGGCACGCCUUUAAUGAGAGCAUGCCUCCCGUGGGAUGAUAGCAAAAAGGAGGACCCGGAGAAAUUGAUCAAAUAUCUCAUCGACCAAGGCGCAAAUGUAAAUGCUAAGAGUUACUACGUUGGAAGCCCAGUAGCAGCUGCCGCCUUGGGAAUGAAAUCAAGUAUUGUCCAGUUAUUAUUAGGAAAAGAAGUAUCCGUUGAUAGCGAGGAUUCCUUAGGCCGAAGACCAAUUCAUUUUGCUGCGCUCCACAGUAUUGCCAAUUUCCAGAUCAUUAUCGAGGCGAAAGCUGAUAUCGAAGCAAAGGAUAAGCUCAAUCGUGGCGCCUUGCACUGGGCUGCCCAAGCCGGUCGUUCCCAGGUUAUCAAACAUAUCAUAGAGCUUAACCCUCAAAUAGAUGUGGACCAAAGGGACAUAGACGGGUGGACGCCUCUUUGUUGGGUGGCCAAAGGGGGAGGUAGUUGGCUAUUUGAAGACGAUGCCAAUGAUGCCGAGGAUACGAUUGGGGUAACUAGGGCACUGUUAGAACAACACGCCGAUCGAUCUAUUCAGUGCCCGGUUGGCAAUGAACUUUGGACUCCGCUUGAGAUCGCCUCCUACUUUGGGGCCAAUCCUGGAGUUAUUGACCUCUUGAGAAAUGGUCUUGAAAAAGAAGAUGAGGGACAAGUAACAAAGGAUAUUCCAACACCAACCGAAGAGAACCACUUGGUGCUCCCAAGAGCGGCUCACGUACACGAUACUGCUUGGUGCGACAGUUGCUUUCUGAAAUGCUAUGUCCAUUUGGAUAUUGUCCACGAGUAUAAGCAUGACCAUGAGUUCGAGGAGAGGGGGCCAGAAUAUGACGCAAUGUCAGACUCCAACGCAGACGAGGAUGAUAAAUCAGAGACAUCGUCAGUCACCGAAUCAAGCAUUGAUGAUAGUGAAGAAAGUUCGGAAGAUACUAAAGAAGAGGAGGCAGAUGAUUCAAGUGAAGAGAAUUAA